AUAAAUAUUUCUUGACUAGCAUGAAAAUGACUUUCCUCUCAUUACUACCCUCACCUUGCAGAGCAGUGUCUCCUCUGCACACUUUUUGUCCCUGUGAUGAACAGCAGUCUCCCCUAUUCCUGUUGCCCACUGGGUACUAGUUUUGGGGGCCCUCAGUCCACUUCUCUCUGGGUUUUCAGAUGAUGAGGAUCCAGAACAUUCCUUAGCAUUUAGGCUUCCAACUGGUUGAGGUUGGGGGUGGGGCUCUUCCCCUACCCUCACAAGACUUUUAGAACAAACCAACCCCAUCUGCCCUACCUGGGGUGAGCCUAUUGCAUUGGACUCUGGGGUACUGGCAGGUGGGAUUUGUCUGUGCAGCCUUUGGCUUUCCUUUCCAGCAGCCUAAGAACCACCCUCACCUCCACCCAGCUCCUCCCCAAAGUUCUAGAGAAACAUGGCCAGAGACCUCAUCUUUUCCAGAAAACCUCUCAGGAGGCAGAGUUGUGGUUGUUGGAGUCAUUUCUUCACUUAGCAAAUAUUUUUAAGCACCUACUUGUGGGGACACGCAACUGGGCACUGGUGAUAUGAUAGGAGUGAAGAUAGAUACAGUGAUAUCCAAAGGGAACUCACAGACAGAUCACGGCAAAAGCACUUCUUCAGGAAAUGUUAGGAAGCAGGGCACAUAGGGCCUGCCUGGAGCUGGGACUUGAUCAAAUAUGGGGGAGGGGUGUAGUUCUGGAAGGUUUCCCCGAGGAAGUGACCCUUGGCUAAGAUCCCAAUGCUCAACAGUCCUCUGCUGAAUGGAACAGAUUAGGACCUGACAGGCUUGUAAGGAAAGGGGGUUCUAGGAUGAGAGCAGGAAAGGCCCUGGGCCAGAGAGGACCACUGUCCAUACAGAACUGUAAGUGGCUCAGCCCAGCCAAGGCCCUUCAGGACGUGGGAAAGGUUAACAGGAGGCUGAAGAGAUGGGCAGGAGCUGGGCCACAAAUUGCCUUGACAGCCAAGCUUAGGGGCUCCAUCUCAUCGUGACAGUGGGCAGCCACUGAAUUAUGUUAAGUGGGGGGACAGAACUUUGGCUCCUCAUUUAUCCCUUCUCCCUCCUUGCAGUUUUCUAUGGACACAGCCUAGCAGGAAGAUGCAGCGUCUAUGUCUCACUGGCCGCUGACCCACCGGCCCAAUGACAGCAUCUCCGUGUGCCUUCCCGGUUCAGUUCCGGCAGCCCUCGGUCAGCGGCCUCUCACAGAUCACCAGCAGCCUGUAUAUCAGCAACGGGGUAGCCGCCAACAACAAGCUCAUGCUCUCCAGCAACCACAUCACCACGGUCAUCAACGUCUCAGUGGAGCGUGGAGGUGAAGCAGGGCCGCACCCUGUUGCACUGUGCCGCCGGCGUGAGCCGCUCGGCCGCCCUCUGCCUUGCCUAUCUCAUGAAGUACCAUGCCAUGUCCCUGCUGGAUGCCCACACGUGGACCAAGUCAUGCCGGCCCAUCAUCCGGCCCAACAAUGGCUUUUGGGAGCAGCUCAUCCACUAUGAGUUCCAGCUGUUUGGCAAGAACACUGUGCACAUGGUCAGCUCCCCCAUGGGAGUGAUCCCCGACAUCUAUGAGAAGGAGGUC